AUGCCCUCUCGUAUGCGAGGCGAUCGUGGGGGAGAGAACCUGGAAUUGGCAGUCUGGAUGAUCAUGCAUAAUGGUGCCAAUCGUGCAUCAUUCAUGUGGGGCUCAAUAGAACGGAUGUGGGUUGAAGUUGGAAGAGAGUUUGCUCGUGCUUGGAGAGGCUUUUUUACCAGGCUUGAGCGACUACAUCGACUCGAUCGGAAGAAUCCACAACAUCUCUGGCUCCUUCACAAAUUAUUUCUACCUUCCAUCAACGACGAUUGUCGUCGGUUCCAGAAGGAAUGGAAUGCACAUCCUGUCUCUGGACCUGAUACAAAUGACCGCUCACCCAACGAUAUGCGAUUCCUUGGACAAACUGAGAGCGGUGUUUAUCUUCAUGAUGAGUUUGAUGGGGUUCAGCCAAGCACCUUGGAGAAAUAUUAUGGCACCACCAGGCACCGUGUUUAUCGUGCUCCACACCAAACAGGCGCAGGGAACCCUCCAGAGGAAGAAGAUUCUGAAAACGAUGGAGAAGACGAUUAUGAGGGCCUUGGAGACCGUGUUGCAGCAGACCAGCAACACCACAUUCGACAUGAGCCCUCAGAAGUACCAACAACAGAGUGUCCCUUCAACGAGGAGAUGGAGACAAUAUUUUAUGCUGGUCUUACAGAAGCAGGACAGAUUGGAUUACUCCCUGCAGAUUAUGGGGUACGACAAGAAGAGUGGGAGAAUGGUGAAUAUCCAACAUUUGAACAUAUCAAAACAGGGCAGAAAAGAAAAGAAAUCCGGACGAGCAAAGCAUGUAAUGUUGUUUAUGUCAUAAGCGUCACAGUGUUACAAGUUCGAAAAUUGUCUAAAACACCCCCUGCAUCGUCGCCAAGCAUCCUCAUGGCCCCCGACCCUCCACAACACACAUCAGCUUCUCCAGGUCAGGGGAUAUGUACCAUGACCCUGGAAAGUGGAUCAGCAUGUCCAUGUAGAAGUUAUGAUGAACCAAUCGACGUCCCUUAUGGCCAACCGGUGCUUUGUCGAGAAUGCUGCCAUGGAAAAAGUCGGCACGUUGGGAUGAGCUCCAUGAAGAUCUUUGAGAAGAUCAUUGCGCAAAAGGUGGUAGUCAAAAGCAAUACCAAUGCUGAACGGUUGGCUCGCAAGGAGGCGAAUUCAGGGCUGCGGAACACCAACAAAUCUUCAGAACCGUACAAAAAGAAGGAUAAGAAGAAACAAACUGAGAAGGACAAGAAGGCCCCCAGCGUUGGCAACAUUAUUGCAGUCACUGUGGGACUGGAUAAAGAGGGCAAACUCAAGAGAACACGAGCACCUGACAUCAUCGCUCAGCAGCAACUCGAGAAGGAUGGAAUGGCAGUGACGUACGGGGAAAACUCUGAGCUUCAUGAGUUCCAAUCCAGUUGGGGAGCAAAUCGCAUGAAUGCGUUCCUUCGUGAUAAGCUCCCAAGGCUGUUCAAGAUGUUAGCCAAGGACAAUCCGUGGGUCUUGACCAUCGAUGAAGAUGAUGAGGAUGGUGACAUCACCUUUCCGUACGUCCUUCUCGCAAAGAAAAACAGGACCUUGGAAGUCGUUCCUGCCGAAACGGUCACCGGUGCACGGGCUCUUCAAAACAAAGGAAGCAAGACAUCACCUGAGCAAUCAUACAUCUGGAUUGGUACACGCAAAACUUAUCCCAACAGUGCCAAAGCUACAGAGAGCGACUAUGAUAAGCUCCAGGAGGUUUCCGAUGGUGAAGAAUCCACGAGUGAGAAGAGUGACGCUGGUGAUGCUGGCGCUCCCAACAGCGAUGCUUGCAAACCUGGUCGUCGAUCCAAUAGACUGAAGUCCAAACAAAAAGAACCCAAGGAUUUCGAAGAGAAAGGCAAAGAGCGGGAGAUUGUGGAGAUAAGCUCUGAUGAAGACGCCCGAAACAUUACCAACUCUACACUGAAUGAUACGUCGAAGGACAAUUCCUCCACUUUCAAGCGCAAGAUUCCCCUCUUUGACGAUGCUGAGUCAGAGUGGGAGACGGACGAGGAAUGGGGCCUUCGUUUAGCAUCACCAAGCCCAUCUGCAGGCCCCAGUAAAAAGAAGAUUAAGACGGAGAAGGAGGAUGGACCUAGCGUAGCAACUGCAGUGCUCAACCCCGCUUCCACAUCUCCCGUCAUCCCCUCGGCCUCAGUUGAGGUUGCCUUGUCUGAUGAGGAGGACUAUUCGUUCAUGAUGACCGAUCCGUGGAUCUCGCGGGAUAGGAAAAAAAUCCAGUUCUAG